AUGUAUAAGUAGUAUAUUUUAUGUAUUUUGUAAAUGUUUAUAAUAGACGAUCAAAGCCGACAUGUUAUGAAUUGUUCCCAAAGAAAAAAGGAAAGUCAGGCAUAACUGCUCUAAAAUAAGUUUACAUAAUGCCCCUAUUGUAUUUACUAGUUUCUGUGAUUUAUUUAUUUAAAAUUUUUUUUAGCAUUGACUCUACUACUGGUCCAAAAAUUAUAAGUGUUCAAAAUAUAAUCACUGGUCACAAUAGUAUUGAAUCAAGCUUAUAUCUAUCUAGUAGUUCAGUUAUUAGCAAAGGAAAACUUAACAAUGUGCCGUUAAAAAAUGAGGAUUAUUGCAUUUUGACUUAUUUUGAAGAUUUUACUUGUUUGUAUGUUGGAAAAGCUAUAAAAUGUGGCAAUAAUGGCAGUUACAGUUUCAUUGAUUUAGAAACUUUAGACAAAACUGCUAAGAGUACAGAUAAAAUACUAAAGUAUCGUCCAGUUGUGGGAGACAAGGUCAAAGUUUUUUCAUCUCAAUAUCACGGUUUAUGUAGAGCAAAAAUAUUGAAAAAUAUUAAUGGUAGCUAUGAUGUUUUCCACAUUGAUGUUGGAAACAUUGAAACAGUUCCAUCAAAUGUUAUUUAUGAAUUAGCCGAUGAAUUGAAGAAGGUAUUUUGUCUUAUACUUUUAAUAUAUUAUUUAGGUUCUAAAAAGCAAAUUUUGAAAAUAUGA